AAAAUAAGGUCCCGCCCCUGCGCACAGGUGGCGCCAGGCUCAGUGUUACAGGUGCACUGACAGACGCCAUUUUCUCGUCGACAGAGCCGCAGCAGCAGAACAGGACUGGAGAAGAUGAAUGAUUUAACAGAUGAGGAGGAGGAGGACGGCUCAGUGUCUCCAGUCCUCAGCUGUCUGUCUGUGAAGUCUAUAGAAGAACCUCCACUCUUCAGUAAUGAACCUGGACCCUCAGACACAAAACGGAGAGCGGUGUCUCCAGUCCCCAGCUGUCUGUCUGUGAAGAGUGACUGGUCUAUGGAAAAACCUAUACAGUUCAGUAAUGAACCUGGACCCUCAGACACAAAACGGAGAGCAGUGUCUCCAGUCCCCAGCUGUCUGUCUCUGAAGAGUGACUGGUCUAGAGAAGAACCUCCACUCUUCAGUAAAGAACCUGGACCCUCAGACACAAAACGGAGAGCAGUGUCUCCAGUCCUCAGCUGUCUGUCUCUGAAGAGUGACUGGUCUAUGAACAGACCUCCAGACUUCAGUAAUGAACCUGGACCCUCAGACACAAAAAAGAAGAGCAAAACUCCUGUUUCUGUGGAGGAGCAGCGGUCCAGCUGUGCUUUGUGUCAGGACGUCCUGAAGGAUCCAGUCUCUACCAGCUGUGGACACUGGUUCUGCAGACAGUGCAUCGCCUCAUACUGGGACCAGUCUGCUUCAUCAGGAGACUCCCCCUGUCCCCAGUGUGGAAACAGAUCCAGAACAAGACUGCAGACAGCCAGUCAGACCAGCUGUGCACACACAGAUAGAGGUCUGCAGGAGGUUUUAGAUGAACAUAGGAUCAGUCUGAAGAGGAGAUGUGAACGUGUGACUGAAGGAAGUGAUGAAACAGUGAGUAAAACCCUCCUCAACAGGAUCUACACUGAGCUCUACAUCACAGAGGGACUGAGUGAAGAGGUUAAUACUCAACAUGAGGUGAAGCAGCUUGAGACAGCUUCCAAGAAAAAAUCCCUCCGUGACACUCCAAUCAAGUGCCACGACAUCUUUAAAGCCUCACCUGACCAACAGGUACACAUCAGAGUCGCUCUGACGGUCGGCGUCGCUGGCGUUGGAAAAACCUUCUCAGUGCAGAAGUUCACUCUGGACUGGGCAGAGGGUUUGGAAAACCAAGAUGUCAGUCUGGUGAUUCCGCUUUCCUUCAGGGAGCUGAACUUGAUCAAAGCUGAGCAGUACAGUCUUCUCAGGCUGCUCCAUGUUUUCCAUCCAACCUUACAGAAGGUCACAGCAGAGACGCUCGCUGUCUGUAACGUUUUGUUCAUCUUUGACGGCCUGGAUGAAAGCAGACUUCCACUGGAUUUCCACAACAAUGAGGUUGUGUCUGAUGUCACACAGCAGUCAUCAGUCAACGUGCUGUUGACAAACCUCAUCAGCGGGAAUCUGCUUCCCUCGGCUCUCGUCUGGAUAACUUCCCGACCUGCAGCAGCCAAUCAGAUCCCUCCUGCACGUGUGGACAGGGUAACAGAAGUACGAGGCUUCACUGACGUCCAGAAGGAGGAGUACUUCAGGAAGAGAUUCAGUGAUGAAGAAUGGUCCGGCAGAAUCAUCUCUCACAUCAAGACAUCCAGGAGCCUCCACAUCAUGUGUCUGAUCCCCGUCUUCUGCUGGAUCACUGCUACAGUUCUGGACCACAUGUUGACUACAGACCAGAGAGGAGAGCUGCCCCAGACCCUCACUGACAUGUACUCACACUUCCUGCUGGUUCAGACCAAGAGGAAGAAGCAGAAGUAUGAUGAGGGACAUGAGACGAGUCCACAGGAGCUGACGAAGGCUGACGGGAAACUUCUUCUGAAGCUGGGGAGGCUGGCGUUUGAACAUCUGGAGAAAGGAAACAUCAUGUUCUACCAAGAAGACCUGGAGCAGUGUGGUCUUGAUGCCACGGAGGCCUUGGUGUACUCAGGAGUUUGUACAGAGAUCUUCAAAAGAGAGAGUGUGAUCUUCCAGAAAACAGUCUACUGCUUUGUUCAUCUGAGCAUUCAGGAGUUUCUGGCUGCAGUCUACCUGUUCCACUGUUACAGCAACAGGAACACAAAGGUACUGAAGAACUUCCUGGGGAGUGACUGGAAGAAUGACUCAUCCCUGGAUGUCUUCUUGUCUGAAGCCAUGCAGAAAUCCCUCAGAAGUAAGAAUGGCCACCUGGACCUGUUUGUCCGCUUUCUCCACGGCCUCUCUCUGGAGUCCAACCAGAGACUCUUAGGAGGCCUGCUGGGUCAGACACACAACAGUCCAGAAAUGAUCCAGAGAGCCAUCAACACCCUGAAGGAGAUGAGGAGUGACGGUACCUCUGCUGACAGUAUCAUCAACAACCUGAAGGAGAUGAUGAGGGACUAUAUCUCUGCUGACAGAAGCAUCAACAUCUUCCACUGUCUGACAGAGAUGAAGGACCACUCAGUACAUCAGGAGAUCCAAGAGUUCCUGCAGUCAGAGAACAGAUCACAGAAGAAACUCUCUGAGAUCCAGUGCUCAGCUCUGGCUCACAUCCUGCAGAUGUCAGAGGAGGUUCUGGAUGAGUUGGACCUGGAGAAGUACAAGACGUCACGGGAGGGACGACGGAGACUGAUUCCAGCUGUGAGGAACUGCAGAAAGGCUGUACUUUCUGGAUGUGACAUCUCAGAGACUGAUUGUGAAGUCGUGGCCUCAGCUCUGAAGUCCAACCCCUCCCACCUGAGAGAGCUGCAGCUGGAUAUAAUAUCACGGCAGGAUUCAGGAGUGAAGCUGCUGUGUGCUGGACUGCAGAGUCCAAACUGUAGACUGGAGACGCUGAGAUUGAAGGUCGGCAGUCUGUCAGAGAUCAGCUGGGCUUCUCUGGUCUCAGCUCUGAAGUCCAACCCCCCCCUCCUGAGAGAGCUGGACCUAAGUUACACCGAGCUGCAGGAUUCAACAGUGAAGCUGCUGUGUGACCUUCUGGAGAGUCCAGACUGCAGACUGGAGGCUCUCAGAUUGAUGGGCUGCAGUCUGUCAGAGAUCAGCUGGGCUUCUCUGGUCUCAGCUCUGAAGUCCAACCCCUCCCAUCUGAGAGAGCUGGACCUGAGGGACACCAAGCUGCAGGAUUCAUCAGUGAAGCUGCUGCGUGACCUUCUGGAGAGUCCAGACUGCAGACUGGAGACUCUCAGAUUGAGGGGCUGCAGUCUGUCAGAGAUCAGCUGGGCUUCUCUGGUCUCAGCUCUGAAGUCCAACCCCCCCCUCCUGAGAGUGCUGGACCUGUGGGACACCAACCUGCAGGAUUCAACAGUGAAGCUGCUGCGUGACCUUCUGGAGAGUCCAGACUGCAGACUGGAGACUCUCGGGAUCGAUGACGAGUUGAUCACAGCUGAGAAACACACAACAUAGGACUCCAUCAAACUGGAUGUGUGAACAAACCUGCCCGAGGAAGACAGCAAGGUGAAAGAGGAGCAGCUGCACAGUGUGAAGUAUAUUUAUGGAGCUUCACCACAGAAUCAAAUGUAGUUAUUGGUAAUUGUUUGCCUGGGACCGACCUGCAGGCUCAGCUUGUAUUAGCUCAGAUCAACUGGUCCUCCUGCUGGAGAGACGAGUGGAAGAUGGAGCAGUUCAUAUCUAGAGAUUUGAUAAUAUUGCUAAAUGCCUUGUGGUGUAAUGAACUUGUAAGCUUGAACAAAGUGCAUCAACCUGUUCACCUUUCAUAAGUUCUCUUGCUGGAGUUCUGAUAUACACUUGUACUUGUUUAAACUUCAUCAGACUUCUUGUUUUUGAUACUCAUCGUCUCAUCUUAAACAUUAUUCUUCAUUUCUACAUUAAACUGCGUAUUAGUGGAAGUACUUUGUGAUUUGAAGAGAACAUUUAGUUCUCAGAGGAGACGACUCCUGAUGAUGUCAUCAAGAGAAAAGGAAUAGAAGGGAUUUUAUUUGUAUCUUUUAUCAUUUAGUUUGUAAGUUUUAUGCAUUAUGAGAACAUUGUGUUAAGAUGUUCCUUUGUUAUGGUUUGUAACUUCAUAAUGUGCUUUCCUUGUGUUUUUAUAUGCACACAUUGUAGAUGUGUUUGUCUCAGGAGUUUCCCACGCGUCCCAGCCGGGCACAGCGAGUGUUAUCAGGAGGUGUUUCAAGUCUCUCUCUCUCAGUGGGGGGCAGAGGACCAGGGCUCAGUCGCAGGUUAUUGGGCUCGUAUACUUUAUGGCACCCAACCAUCUGGGGGUACAGGGCCUGUUGCUCUGUACCAGGGGUCUCCAACUCUUCUUCAUCUGAGAGCGACUUGCAUCACAUCGCUUACAUUUACUCACAGAGCACUCAUCAGGUGAAUUAAAGUACUUUGUGUACACGUGUGAAAUUAAAAUACCCAAAGCUCAUCAACAAUCUUAACUUCACAUCAAGGUCCAAGAAAACGACACUUUGUUCACAUAUUAUUCUUAUUAUGGCCACACAGUAAAUACAUCACCUUCAUCAAUACAAGCAUCUUAUGGCACAUGUACAAUAAGUGCGUUCCCUCUUUAGUAAGUUAGUGAGAUGACUGCACUGCAUGGACUCCACCACAGAGGUGUAUGCUGGAGUGUGCACACUUAGGUUCCCUCUAACAGACUCAUUUAAAUGUUCAUCACUCUUGUUCUGGUCGGGUGAAUAAACAGCUGUUUUAAGUGUUGCUUGUAGCUGGUUCACCUUUUCAGUCCGUCGCGUGCAGCAGGAAGCAAAGUUACCACGUUGCUUCUUUAGCCAGCGGACACACUGGUCCCGCAGAUAAGGCACACACACUUGUCCUUCACGUUCUGCUUCUUGACCUGGUCACCUUCGUUCAUCCUACAUCUGAAUAAACUCGCUAUAGUACCAAACUCCUCACGUUAGCUCAGCUACAGUGUUGCCAACUCCUCAGUAAGGAGAGUAUCUAUUGGCUGUCCUAGAAGUCACUAAAUGACGUCAUCGCCUCAUUUGCAUAAUUGACCAUGUGCAUGUAGUUGUAACGGACGCUGCAGGAGGAAUAACGUUGAGACAGAAAGUGUGUAAAAAACACCCUGAAUGUGUUUAGAACUACAAAUGAACUUUCUUCUGUUGAUUCUUGUUUUGUAUUUGUUCCAUUGAAACAGGCCAUCGCUUCUCAAAAUAAAACCUCACUACAUUUGUCACGAGUCGCUUUUGACAAUAACAAUCGCCAAAAGAUUUAUAAAGUCGCCAGAUUGUCAACACUGUACAUAUCCAACACAUCUCUGAAGUCUUAGAUACAAUUAUAUUAUAAUAUAUUAUAUUAUAAUAGAAGUUUCACUCGAUGUUUGUGAAGUUAAAGAAUAUAUUAGACUUAAACUAUAACUUUUAAAGACUAAAACUAAUAACUUUCUAACUUCAUGGUGAACUCUUUAAAGAAGAAGAACGUAAGUGUUUCUCAUUAUAAUGACAUAUUACUGAAGUUGAUUUAUUCCAGCUCUAUUUCAUAUUUCUUAUUGUUAUGCAUUUAUUUGUAUUCUUCUUCUUGUUUCUCUGUUUAUGUUGAGUACAUGUCUCAUCAUGUGUGUAUUUGAAGGUUUUUCUAUUAGAAUUGAAGGAUUAAAAACAUCAUUCAUGUUCUCCUCA